AUGCAUCUCCUCAAAUUCGACGAUCAGGGAGUGCUCCGCCUAACCGGAUACCUUCAUGGUGGUAUCCCUCGCUACGCAAUCCUCUCGCACACGUGGGGAGAUGAUGAGGACGAGGUCGAUUUCGACGAUCUGAAACACCAAUCUUUCGAGAACAAGGCUGGCUACACGAAGAUCCGAUUCUGCGGCGAGCAGGCGAAGAAGGACAGGCUUGAACACUUCUGGGUGGACACCUGCUGCAUCAAUAAAGCGAACAACACGGAAUUCUCGGAGGCCAUCAACUCGAUGUUUCGAUGGUAUCACGAUGCCGUUAAGUGUUAUGUCUAUCUGUCGGACGUGUCGAUAACUAACAGAGAAGACCAUGCGGAACGGACAUGGGAGCGGGCCUUCCGUAGAAGCAGAUGGUUCACACGGGGGUGGACCCUUCAAGAACUACUGGCGCCGUCAUCGGUCGAGUUCUUUUCACGAGAAGGACAGUGGCUUGGUAGCAGAAGCACCCUCGAACAGCAGAUCCACGAGAUCACGGGUAUUCCCAUUACAGCGCUUCGCGGCACGCCCUUGUCUCAAUUUAGUGUGGACGAGCGUAUGGGUUGGGCCGCUCAUCGCGACACUAAGAAGAAGGAGGACAGGGCAUACUGUUUGCUCGGGAUAUUUGAUAUCUUCAUGCCUCUCAUCUACGGCGAAGGAGACAACGCAUUCGUCCGGCUUAAUAAAGAGCUCGGCACAAACUUGGAGAAGAGCAACAUGCACUGGGUAGUACCUCGAUCGUCCAACACCUUAUUUACCGGGAGAAAGGAAAUUCUUGAUGAUCUGGAACGAAGUAUUCGCGUGGCGGUGCACGACGGCUCGCGCUCCAAUCAAUGUCGCGUGGUCAUCACGGGCCUAGGUGGCCAGGGCAAGAGUCAUCUCUGUUCCCAUGGUGUUUCCGAGUUGACACUGCUGACUCCGGCCAGACUCUGGGGUGUUUUCUGGAUCGAUGUCAGCACCCCAUCUCUAGCUAAGAACGGAUUUCUCGACAUCGCCCUUAGACUUCAGAUCUCGGCAUCCACGUGGGAGGACGGCCGACAGGGGCUCGCCAAUACAAGACAGCCGUGGAUGCUGGUACUAGACAAUGCGGACGACCCCAACGUCGAUUACCAGGACUACUUUCCGCCCGGUGCAUGCGGCGUGGUGGUGCUGACAUCACGCAAUGCAGAAUGCGAGCAGUACGCGACCGCGGGGUACGUGGCUCUGGAAGGGCUUCCAAUGGAGGAUGCAAAGGAACUCUUACUGAAGGCUGCCGGGGUUGCUAGUGACAGACGACCUUUGUUGGACGACGAGGCACGGAAGGUGGCCAUCUUACUCCAGUCACAUCCUCUCGCCCUGAUCCAGGCCGGAGCGUAUGUGGGACGAGGUCACUGCACUUUGGCCACCUACUCCAAGGUGUAUGAGCGUCAACGGAAACGACUCCUCGCGUUCCGGCCGUCACAAGCUCGGUCGCGGUAUCGGGAUGUGUACGCGACGUUUGAGGCGUCGGUGGAGAUCUUACAAGCAAGUCUAACGCAGUCGUCACAAGAUGCAUUGGAGCUGCUGCCACUCCUGGCUAUGUGCGGACCGGGCCAACUACCCUUGCUUCUAUUCGAAGGCGCAUGGAAGGGAGCACAAGCAAUCGAGGCCGACCCAGUCAGCGAUCAGAACGAACUGGGUCUGACAGCGUGGCACGUGUCUCGGUUACCUUUGCUUAUGCAAGCUAGGGACGGUGCGUGGGAUUUAUUUCGGCUAGUGGAGGCUGUCAAUGCGCUGAGGGCUUUUGCGCUGGUGUCGACCAACGUGGACGAUGGGCAUGUGCUCGUAUCGAUGCAUCCGUUGGUGCAUGCAUGGGCGCGGGACCGCCAAGACGAGCGCCAACUCCAUGCAUCGUGGAUGGCCAUGGGAUGCGUUGUGGCGGUGUCGCGCAGUGAGCGCAAGAUGUGGCAGGUGCACGCACGGUAA